AAGUCAAAAUGUGCUGACAGAUUGAAGUCCUAAUGCGGUAUAUGAGUGUGCAUGGUAAAGGAGAGAGCUCAAAGUAUUUAAUACUUACCAUGAAGAAACAGAAGAAUUCGCAUGUCACUGACCUGAUCAUAAGCUUGUCUUCACCAGCUAGACUUUCAUACAAUACGAACAUUCAAAGCAAAUGGGGUAGAGAAAGAAGCCAGAAACGGGUAGGUAAUUUGAAUUUUUUGACUCAGUCUUCUUUUUUUAUUUGCAGAUGGUAACAACUCAGAGCCGAUUGACAACACCUCCAUGUGCGGAAGGUUCUAAAUUUAUUAAAAAUAACUUCUUUGAAUAGCCUAAGAAAUUAACUACCCUGAAUUUGGAUGUUUCUUGUUGGAGUUGAAGAAGAAGAAGAAGGAGAAGUGGACGGGUAGACAAAAAGAAGGAUACAGAAGAAUACAGCUCAUAGUGUUGUGUUUUUCUUCUUGUAUUUCCCGUCCAAGACGAAAUAGUUGGUGGGUUCCGUCUCCAUUUCUGUCUUCAUCAGACACUUAGCAAUCUUCAUAGAAUGCAAGAUACAGAUAAUAGAAGUUUUUUGGUGGUUGUGACAGAGCUGCAAGUGUUAACUGAAGUGGUGACGUCACUUGCAAGAAGUUCAGAAUCUGAGGUAGAAAUCUUCAAUGAAUUUUCACUUAUACUUGAGAAAUUCAAUCCGAUUUUUGAUGGUAUAAAAGAAAACAGCAAGGUGAUGGACAUACCUCCAAUUCAAAAAGCAGUUGAAUCCCUCGAAAAAGAGCUUAGGAGAGCCAAGUCUAUGAUAAAAAAUUCCAAUUCAAGAUUACUGAGUAAGCAAAUGGAGGAUUUAACUCGAGAUAUCGGGAGAUCUUUAGGCCUUGUGCUCUUUGCAAGUAUUGAUUUGAAGUUAGAUAUCAAGGGAAAAAUUGGAGCAUUGCAUAAAGAAUUGAUGAAUGCCAAGUUUGAUAAGAGUUUAAGUGUGAGCCCUAGCACUAGCCAAAGUCCAAGUGCAAAUCCAAGUAGUGAAUCAGGGUUUGCUAGUCUAAGCGCAAUUCCAAGUUAUGAAUCAGGGUUAGCUAGUGACUUGGAGUCUGAAAAACAAACUGAAAUUGAGGAGGAAAUACAAGAAAUAGCAGAAAGAAUUAGUCUUGGAAUCGAUGAUGUUGUGUUACAGCUCAAGUAUGGUGAUGAUGAAGGACUGAGACUUGCCAUUUUGAAUUUAAAUGAAAUGAUUUCUGCUAAGAGAGUUGACAGAGAGUGGAUUGACGAGGAAGAAGUUGCUUCAAUUCUGUUAAAUCGGUUAGGUGCCAGCAAGCCAAACAAUCGGUUAAGUAUAAUUCAAGCCUUAAGAAGCCUUGCAUCAGAUAAUGCUAACUUCAAGGAGAAGAUGUCUGAUGUUGGGUCAUUAUCAGCAUUGGUGAAAUCUUUGACGCGAGAUGCAGAAGAGCGACAAGAAACUGUGGGGCUGUUGCUGGAUCUUUCGGAUCUUCCUGCAGUCAGGCGGCGGCUAGGCAGAAUCCAAGGGUGCAUUGUUAUGUUAGUUGCAAUGCUACUUGGGGAUGACCCUGUUGCUUCACAUGAUGCUGGGAAGUUGUUAGAUGCGUUGUCUAGCAAUACACAGGAUGCACUUCAUAUGGCAGAAGCCGGUUAUUUUAAGCCAUUGGUGAAGUAUCUGCAUGAGGGUUCUGACAUGAGCAAGAUCCUCAUGGCAACGGCACUUUCCAGGAUGGCGCUUACAGACCAAAGUAGAGCUUCCCUUGCAGAGGAUGGGGCAAUUGAACCUCUUGUUAAAAUGUUUAAAGUUGGGAAGCUUGAAGCCAAACUAUCGGCAUUAAGUGCAUUGCAAAAUUUGUCUAUCUUGGCAGAGAACAUACCACGUCUGAUCAGUUCAGGAAUUGUCACACUACUGCUUCAGCUCCUCUUCUCUGUAACAUCUGUGCUCAUGACUCUUCGGGAGCCAGCAUCAGCGAUUCUGGCAAGAGUGGCUCAAUCAGAAUCUAUUCUGGUCAACCAAGAUGUGGCUCAGCAGAUGCUUUCCCUUCUAAAUCUUUCUAGUCCAACGAUUAAGUAUCACCUCUUACAAGCACUUAAUAGCAUUGCUGCACAUUCUAGCGCAUUAAACAUUAGAAGAAAAAUGAAAGAAAAUGGUGCAAUUCGACUGCUGCUACCCUUCUUGCAAGAAACCAACACAAAGAUCAGGACAGCUGCAUUGAAUUUGAUUUGCACUCUCUCUAAAGAUUUGUCAGGAGAAUUAACAGAACAGCUAGGAGAAGGCCAUAUUAAAAUGAUUGUUAACAUUGUAUCAUCAUCAACUAUUGAGAGUGAAAAAGCUGCUGCAGUUGCCAUACUGAGCAAUAUACCCGAUAAUGAUAAGAAAGCUACAGAAUUACUUAAGAAGAUAGGUUUGCUGCAUAUCUUGAUCUCCAUAAUAAAUUCAAGCACAGCAACUUCAACUCCAACUACCCAGUGGUUAGCUGAGAGUGUUGCUGGUGUGUUGGUUCGGUUUACAGUUUCCUCAGAUAAGAAGUUACAGCAGUUUUCAGUAGAACAUGGGGUGAUUCCAUUGCUAGUGAAGUUGCUGUCAAGUGGGUCAGUGAUUGCUAGAAGCAGAGCCGCGUCGGCACUGGCUCAGCUAUCUCAGAAUUCACUUUCUCUCAGAAAGUCCAAAACAUCAAGGUGGUUGUGUGUCCCUCCUUCUGCAGAUGCAUUUUGUGAAGUUCACGAUGGUUACUGCUUUGUCAAUAGCACAUUUUGUUUGGUCAAGGCGGGGGCUAUACCUCCAUUGGUCCAAGUACUGGAAGGAAAAGAGAGAGAAGCUGAUGAAGCUGCUCUUGCUGCCCUUGAAACUCUCUUGCAGGACGAAAUUUGUGAAAAUGGAAGUAAUUAUAUAGCAAAAGGCUCAGGCAUUCAAGCCAUUAUUAAAGUUUUAGAAUCCGGGAAUGUAAAGGCUCAAGAGAAAGCAUUGUGGAUGUUGGAGAGAAUAUUUAGAAUUCAGGAACACAGAGUGAACUAUGGAGAAUCUGCACAGGUGGUGCUCAUUGACCUUGCUCAGAAGGGUGAUUCUAGAUUGAAAUCAACGGUUGCAAAAAUAUUGGCACAGCUUGAACUCUUGCAAGGUCAAUCAAGUUACUUCUGAGACAAUUCAUGCUGUAUACGCAACAUCGUGAUUCCUACUAUUUUCUUAUACUUUUAUGUAAAAAAUAUAUAUAUAUAUAUUUCUUUGUUUGCAUCUUUCA